AUGGAUUUUACAGCAGGAAAGUUAUCAAAUGAACAUAAAGAACAAUUUCGAUCUGCUUCAGAAAGUGCAGAUCCAUUAACAGUAUCUGCAUUACAGAUAUCACCAAAAUCACCGCGCUCUCCCAAAUCCCCAAAAUCUCCUAAGUCUCCAAGGUCUCCCGGUGAUCGUCACAGCAAACAUGGCUCAGAUAGGGGAAGUCCACUUAAACAUAAAAAAAACUCACAUUCUCCGCGAGAUGGUCGUCCAAAGAAAGGUGGUUGUGGAGGAAAAGGCACUUGGGGCGGAUUGAUGGAUACCGAUGAUGUCCAUGCUAUUGAUCCCAAUGAUCCAAACUACACUAGUAGUGAGGAGGUCACGGAUUUGAACUGUAGAAACAACCUCCUGCAGAAAUGCAGGGAUACGGAGAGAACAAGUACGAAAGACAUGGUUGCAGCAUUUGAGGAAUACAAAAAGAAGGCAAUAAUAUUAGUCGAAGAGUAUUUUCAGAAUGAUGAUAUAACAUCCACAGCAAAUGAAUUAAGAGAACUUGGGAUGUCUUGUUAUGACUUCUACUUCAUUAAAAAGUUAGUAUCAAUGGCUAUGGAUAGGCAUGAUAAAGAAAAAGAAAUGGCAGCUGUUUUAUUAUCUGCACUAUAUGCUGAAGUUAUCAAACCACAACAAGUCUACAAAGGUUUUAGUAAACUCUUGGAAUCUGCUGAUGAUUUCAUUGUAGACAUACCAGAUGCAAUCGACAUUCUCGCGUUGUUCAUUGCAAGAGCAGUAGUUGAUGAUAUACUCCCUCCUGCAUUUUUGGCAAAAGCAAAUUCUUCUCUACCUAAAGAUUCAAAGGGAAUUGAGGUCAUAAAAAGAGCUGAAAAGAGUUACCUUUCAGCUCCUUUACAUGCUGAAAUCAUCGAGCGUAGAUGGGGUGGGAGUAAGAAUAAGACAGUUGAAGAUGUGAAGGACAAGAUCAACAACUUGCUUAUUGAGUAUGUUGUAAGUGGAGAGAAGAAUGAGGCGUGUAGAUGCAUUAACGAUUUGAAUAUGCGUUUUUUCCAUCAUGAAAUUGUUAAGAGGGCUAUUAUCAUGGCAAUGGAAAAGCAACAAGCCGAAAGUCGCCUUUUGGACUUACUAAAGAAGACUACAGAAGAAGGCUUGAUAAAUUCAAGUCAAUUAUCAAAAGGGUUCAAUAGGAUUAUUGACAAUAUCGACGACUUGUCACUUGAUAUACCAAAUGCAAGGAUGAUUUUUCAGUCAAUAAUUUCUAAGGGAGCAUCAGAGGGUUGGUUAUGUAUUUCAUCUUUGAAGUCGUUAUCGACACAACUAGAAAAACAAGAAAUUGAUGAAAAACUAGUGAAGGAAUUCAAACUGAAAGCUCAAUCCAUGAUCAAAGAGUACUUUUUGUCAGGUGAUAUUGAAGAAGUAAGUAGGAUUCUAGAGUCGGAGAACAGUUCGUGUUUGGCAGAACUAAACGCCAUAUUCGUUAAGAAGUUAAUCACUUUAGCAAUGGACAGGAAAAACAGAGAAAAAGAAAUGGCUUCUGUUCUGUUAUCAUCUGUUUGUUUUCCAGCAGAUGAUGUGGUAAAUGGCUUUGUAAUGCUAAUAGAAGCAGCAGACGAUACAGCUUUAGACAUUCCAAUUGUCGUUGAAGACUUAGCGAUGUUUUUGGCUAGAGCAGAAGUAGAUGAAGUUUUAACUCCACAACACAUGGAAGAGAUUGGGAGUCAAUUUUUCGAACCGAAUUCAAUAGGUAACAAAGUUGUACUAAUGGCAAAAUCUUUGCUAAAAGGUAGAUUAUCUGGUGAGAGAAUACUAAGGUGUUGGGGUGGUGGUGGAAGUAGUACAAACGGAUGGGCGAUUGAAGAUGUUAAGGAUAAAAUACGAAAAUUAUUAGAGGAAUUUGAAUCUGGAGGAGAUGCAAAAGAAGCAUAUAGAUGCAUAAAGGACUUAGGUAUGCCAUUUUUUCAUCAUGAAGUUGUGAAGAAAUCAUUGGUGAUUAUAAUUGAGAAGAAAAGUGAGCGGUUAUGGGGUUUUCUCAAAGAAUGUUUUAGUAUGGGACUUAUAACUAUGUAUCAAAUGACAAAAGGUUUUGCUAGAGUUGCAGAAUCACUUGAUGAUUUGGCUUUAGAUGUACCAGAUGCUGAAAAACAAUUUAAAGUUUAUGUUGAAAGGGCUGAGGCUGAAGGAUGGUUAGAUUCCACUUUUAGUUUCAACAGACUUGGACAUAAUUCCAUGGAAAAUGGAUUUUGUUGAAUCA